AUGAAUUUGUUUUGCCUUUGGGGAACGUUUCAGAUGUCGCAUUUGGUGCGUGUUUUAAAAAUUUGGGCUGUUUUUUGGCCACUUUUCACCGCUAAAUUUAUACUUUUGGUAUAUAUUACAAAAGUCGUGUGUGACUUAAAUAUCAGUUUAUCUUUUACUAGGCUUGUUGACCACAUGGUUUUAAGAACUGGUUUUAAAAUUUUUUCAGCUGCUGAUGCGAAGAAAAAAAUUCGAGUGUUUGUACUUUCUUCUCCAGGCCAUGUAUAUGUUGAAUCGCUUGAUAAGGCAUAUUUUAUGACAAAUACUAUACAGCUUCCCACUGCGAAAAAUGCGGUUUCCAUGCAUUAUUCCCCUACUUACUGUUGUCUUUUCGUUUCCUUGCAAGGUUUUAUUUCAAUUUUACGAUGGAAAAUCUUAAGAGACGGUACAUUAAUUUUUGUCCGUAAUCUUGACUGGAAUUAUGUUAUCUGCGCACUUUCUGUUGAGGUUUCUCCAGAGGAAGGGCCUGAAUGUGUAACUGCUUUAGGCAGAAAAAUUCCUUUAGAGACGUCUAAAAAGAGAACAUUUGAUAUUAUACUCACAAGAAACGACUCUUUAGAAUGGUAUGAGAUUUUUUCUUCAACUAUUUCUGGUUUUAUGCAAAUAAAGUUAUUUUUAAGGUACCUGAUGGGAGAAAACGAAGAAAGACGAUUUACGCUUCAUGCAUUACUUCGGUCAGUAUUGCAGUUGGCUUCUAGGUCAUGGCAGUUGGUGUUGCUAAAUUAUCUUUAUAACGAUGUGUGGCCGUUUGCUCAUUUUAUGGGACCUCGUGCGGCACAACUCGCUGACCUUCUUGCUACUUACAUUCCUCGUUUUUACACGAAUUACACUGAGAUCUCUAGGGGCUUUGUUGUUAAUCGUCUUACGGAUAUAAAACGGUCCAAAAUGAUCAAACGAAUGAAAUUGUACUACUGCAAUAAGAAUUUGGAAUCCGCUGUUGAGCUUAAAAAUCGCCCAGAUUUAUGGGAGGAAGCGGCCGAUGUUGAGGUUGCACCUAUGGAGUCUGAAAUCACUUUGGCCUUACCAAUCCCUGUACAGACAUGGAAUAUCAUCCUUGAAAUCACCGAGUUUCACGAAGGAACUGGCUCAUCUUUGAACGCUGCACCGGAAAUGGUUCAUUGUCCUCGCUGUUCAGCUGCGGUACCACCGAACCCAGGUAUUUGCCCAAACUGCAGCGAAAAUGUUUUCCAGUGUGUGAAAUGCAGAGCAAUCAAUUAUGACGAAAGGGAUCCUUUUCUAUGUAGUUCUUGUGGCUUCUGCAAGUAUGCCAGGUUAGAAUCAUCUAUUAUAUGUCGUCCGUUGCCAUCUGUUCAACACAUAGAGGAUGAUGAAAGUCGAAAAGCUGUAAGGAUAGAGUAUAUUAUAAAGCUAUAUGUUUUUUAUAGGAGUAAAUGCUUAACCUGCACUCAAGCUUUGGUUAUUCAUUGUGUGACUCUUCUGCAGUCACUUUGUGUUGAGAAAACCAUUAUGGAAGAAAUAAUCAAUGGGAACUUUUUAUUUGAUCGGCUGGUAUGCUUUGUCACUGUUUCUCGCUUAUAUGCAUUUGCAACGAUAUUGCUACUGCAGAAAGAGGAAGACUUCUCAAUUCAUAUUGAAAAAGAUCCCUUGCAAGAAGACUACUUGCAAGGUAGAAUGAUGGGUAAUCCUUACAAGAGUAGUGACCCAGGUAUGGGGCCGUUGAUGCGAGAUAUCAAAAGGAAAAUCUGCAGAGACUGCGAGCUUAUUGCCUUACUUGAUGAUGAAAAUAGCAUGGAGCUGUUGGUCGACCAAAAAAUUAUUUCUUUGGAUUUGCCUGUAGCAGAUGUGUAUGAAAAAAUGUGGAGGAAGCAGCAUCCCGAUCAGCCACUCUCCGUUGUAUACCGUAUGCGAGGUCUUUUAGGCGAUGCUACUGAGCCAUUUGUGAAGACAAUUGGGGAUGCUUCAAGUAAAUCAUUUAAGUCUGCUGAUGGAGCUACUUUUGAACAAAUGUCCUGGCUUCUUGAACUGUCUAUGAGUACUAAGUCGGACCUUACUGAACCGUUAUGGGAAGCUGUAACUUCAAUCGUUCCCAAUCUCUGCGUGGGUAACACUGAAAGUAUGGAUGCUUUAACUGAAACCUUCAAAACUUCUUACAAAAAUUUUGUGAACUCAAAACUUCCCGAAGAUGAUGUGAAGAAACUGGAUACAUUGUGUUCAAUAACUGGUUCCAUUCACGCUUCUGCUUCUGGGCGGCUACUGAAAGAUAAAUUAAUUGAAAGUGGUUUGAUUCGGUCAGCAUGUGAGUAUUUGCUUUCAAAUCAUCCACCACUGUUCAAUAUUUCUGUCGAGGGACAACAGUGGGUGCAAUUUCUCGGAAGGCCUUCGCUUAAAUAUGUCUUGAAGCUAUUGGCCGGUAUGGCAAAAAAUCAUGAAGUUGCUCAGGAGGCAAUUGGAGAGACUUUGUUACCAAUUUUACACCGUUUGGAGCAAGUCUCUUCGAAUCAGCAUAUUGGGACAUUGGCUGAAAAUGUUAUGGAGGAAUUGAUGCAGAACAAAAAGGUUGCAAAACAGAUAUUGAACGUUAGAGAGGAGACGAAAAGUAAAAAGAAACAAAUGGCAAUGGCUAUGCGUCAGAAGCAACUUUCAAAACUUGGUAUGAAACUAGAUGAGAGCGGUCAAGUUAAAGUAAGAAGUACUCCUGAAUACUCAUUUUUUAUUAUUGAUGCUACUGGUAGUUGUUGCAUUUGUAGGGAACAUAUAUAUGCCACAGAAAAAACAAUGACGGUUUUAGAAAUUUCAAAUUUCACUAUGACUUUAAAAUUCAGCAUGGCUACUUCUCGAGAUGAGUGGGCUAGCGCUUCUUUACAUAACGCAAACACGAGAUGUAAUGUUAUGGUUCCUGUUUGGUCAGAGAAAGUGAAGGAUUCUGACAUGGAAGUGGCUGUGCAGAGACUCUCUAAUGAUUUGGUCGCUGCCGUCGGAUGUGAAGCAGUUUCAGUCAACACUUUGCUCGUAGAUAUUUCCUUAAUCAUUGAGAAAUUUGUGAAAUUUCGUUCAUUCUCUGAAAUUAGUCACGGAGGUGGCCGGGAAUCGAACAUGCAAUACCUUUGUGUUCUGCUAUUACUUGGGUUUUAUUUGAGAAGAUGCUCUCCCGAUUCAGUAAUAGCUUCCGGUCAAAAUCUCAUCCACUCUCUUUGCGUUACUUUAAUAACAAAUAAAACUGAGGAAUGGAACGCAAAUAAGGGGACUUUUCUUCAACGAAUUCAGUCAGAAUUUUCGCGGCUCUUUAGUAUCGCAAAGUCAGAAUUAUUAGCAUGGAUCGUCAUCGACAGGUUUCAGAAUGAAGUGCUAGCUGUAAGCCUGUUUCUUUUUUGGCUUUAUAAUUUCUUGUCUAUCAUGGAGAAGUGCUCUAAAUUCGUAAACGAUUUUGAUGAAAGUAUUUCGCAAGCCGCAGAUUUCCAAGCUUUCAAAACUGCAAUAGGUAACUUUAUUUUUAUUAUCGGGCGACAUAUUGCAUAA